UGGAUUUGUUCUGGGGUUUAGGGCUGUAACGGAAAUUGGAUUCUUGAACCGUUUUGACAGUCUCUAGGUCCUGUUUUUCUUUCUAAUAAACAGAAUUGGUCAAACAGGCAACAGGAGGUAUUAGACUGUUUAAAAUGGAGAGGGGGUCGCGGUGCACACGUUCACAGGCGGCACCAGAUUGGAGUGCUUGGGAGUGUUUAACCCUGGUGAAUGAGAUCAAUGCGGUUGAAGGGGAGUGGCGACAGACACUGGCGUCAUUCCAGAAGUGGCAGCUGAUAGUGGAGAACUGCAGUGCUUUGGGUAUGAACAGGAGCAUGAACCAGUGCAAGAAGAAGUGGGAUUCCUUGAGGAGUGAGCAAAAAAAGGUCAAGCAGUGGGAAGCAGCCUAUUGGUCAUUUGCCACUGCUGAAAAGAAAGAACUGGGGCUCCCUGAAGAAUUUGAUAAGGAACUAUUCAAUGCCGUUGAGAAGCAUAUGAACCAAAGAGGAGAUGAUCCUGCUGCACCCGAUACUGAACUAGAUAGUGAUCCCGAAGCCCGACCCAUUGCUAGCAAAAUGUUUUUGCAAACUGGUCCAAAGAAGCAAAGGAAGAAGAGAAUGCCUCCUCGUAAAGAUAAAUUUGAAGAAAGGUUCCAUCCAUGGAAACACAUCUUAAAAGGAGUUGUAAAACCUGAGCCAUCUGCCUUAGAUGAAAUUCCAGACCAACCCCCUAAGAGCACAGUCCAAAUGGUGAAGCCUGAGCAGAUAAGCGAAGAAGAAAAACAAAAGAUCAUGACCGCAAAACUGUUGGAAAAUGCACAAUUGAUUAAUGCAGUACUUCAAGGAAACCUGGCUGAGGAUGUCGACUACAAGUUGGCUGACUUGAAAAAUAAUGAGGCUAUGCAGACUGAUUCAACUAGGCGCCAAGGAGACAAGAUUAUUGAUUGCCUUGGGAAUAUUGUUAGCACACUCAACCAAUUUUGUCAUCUUGUCGAAGAGUGCAAUUUACGUCCACAAAGGAAUUAAGCAUUUGGAUCUUCAUGGGGAGUGCAACUGGUUCUAUUUUAUGGAUACAGGCAAUGAUAUUCUUAGUUGUCCCGAGUUUGUCUGAGUAUUGGUACAUGGAUUAGGUAGACACAGAUGUAGAAUCAUUGCUGGAAGUUACCAGUAAGGAAUUAGGAAAUGCAUAGAGGGGAUCAUCUGAAAACUUAAAAAGUAGUACUAUAGAUCUGAUCUUGCUUGUAACUUUGAAGAUGAUCCCUCAAGCUGCAAUUAAAUUGCAGAAAUGUUUUAUCUAUCAAACUAGAAGUUAAUGCAAGUCAAUCACUCUAAAACAGUGCAUAAGCUCUUUUCGGGCUUACUCCCCGGUGACUAACCCUUGGUGAAGUCCAAUUUUUAGAAUAAAGUUUCCUUUUAGUGGGGAUUCAGUCUUUUUUCAAUUCUCAACAAUAUGUACGAGUUCUGACUUCUGAGUAUGCUGGAAUUGGCUGAAUGGGUAGGGUGAUGGAGGAGCUUUGUUGGUUUUGCUGAUGUUUGUGGUUAUUGAAUUUGGUUAGUGAUGGUGGUUUUUGGAAGAAACUGAAGAUAAUUUUGCCGUGGUGUAGAUCAACGGAUUGAGGAAGGGGAGGAAAGGUGGACAAGUUGAUGGUACUGGAAGUGGAAGGGGGUCAAAGGGUGGUGUCAUGGACGGCAACCAGCAAGCAGAUGGGGCUAGCUCGUGGUAUAUAGGCUGGGGGUUUUUGGGAGGGAUUAUGCCUUACGGUGGGUGCAAACUGGGGAAGAAGGGGCCGAGGUCGCCCCUUGUUUGGGUGGGGGAAGGGGUGGAUGGAUGUUGUUACUCAGUGCAUAUCUGCAGAUUAUGUUCUUUUGUUAUUUGCCAUGUUCUAUUGAUUCUUUUCCCUGUGUUUUCAUUAUUGUACUUAGCGUUGAAUGCACUUUAUCCCCCUUGACUCUGCUACCAAUUGUACUUUAUUCCUUGAACUCAAUGAAUGAGCACUUUGGUCCUUGCUAGAUGUUUUAGGACAAAAAGUGCCCUUUCAUUAGGGAAAGUACUGAUAUCUACAAGUUGUCAAACUUCAGUUUAGCAAUAAAUGAACUCGAUACCGACCUUUAACCUA